ACAGGUACGAGUACGGGUAUAACCUGUCCCUUAGACAGCACUAUGCUAUCUGUAUACAAUGAAGACGUUGUGAUUUCAAGAGUUAAGUUGUAACCUACCAUUAGCAAAUAUCCUUUUUCAGUCUUAUCAAAUAACCAAAGUAGGAAAUUUUAAAAAGAAGAGAAUAAACGAGUGUUUCCUGUAGCAAAACCCAAAAUCGGAUCCAAUCACCUAAAUUGGUGGUGACGUGCGCCGUUAACGCACUAAAAAGGAAUUCUCCCGCCAAGCAAUUAGCAAUAUUAAUUAAUAAAGUUGUAAGAUCCAAAGCAAUCAAAAUUCUUCUUCAAUGGAGCUUCCGGUGAUCGAUCUCGCACCCUAUCUGGAGAAAGAGUUGGAUUCCGAAAUUAAGAGUCUGUGCUGGGAGGUGAGUCGAACCCUAAGGGAAACUGGAGCUUUACUGGUGAAGGAUCCAAGGUGCACCGCUCAAGAUAAUGAUAGGUUUAUUGAUAUGAUGGAAAACUACUUCCAACAGCCUGAAGAAUUUAAACGCCUUCAGGAGCGCCCUCAUCUACAUUAUCAGGU